UGCAACUACCAGACAAAAUGGCAUCCAAGGCCUUUUCAGAAGAGGAUUUAUCCUGUCCUGUGUGCUACAAUAUCUACAAGGAUCCUGUUAUUCUGACCUGUACUCACAGCAUCUGUAAAACCUGCCUGCAGAAGUUUUGGGAAACCAAAGGUUCCAGGGAAUGUCCAAUCUGCAGGAGAAGGAGCUCAAGGGAGAUAUAUCCUCUCAACCGGGUUCUAAAGAACCUGUGUGAGACUUUCCAACAGGAGAGAAGUCAAAGAGAACCAUUCUGCAGUCUGCACCGUUCUGAACUCAAGCUUUUCUGUGAAGAUGACAAACAGCUUGUGUGUUUGGUGUGUCGAGACUCAAAACUCCACAAGAACCACAACUUCAGUCCUAUCAGUGAAGCAGCACUUGAGCGUAAGGAAGAACUGAAGAUCAAACUGGAGCCCUUACAGAAGAAGCUGGACAACUACAAACAAGUUAAAACAAGCAGUGAUAAAACUGCCCAACAUAUGAGAGUCCAGGCCCAACACACAGAGAGGCAGAUCAAGGAGGAGUUUGAGAACCUUCACCAGUUUCUACGAGAUGAAGAGGCAGCCAGGUUAGCUGCACUGAGGGAGGAAGAGGAGCAGAAGAGUCAGGUGAUGAAGGAGAAGAUUGAGAAGAUGAGCAAAGAGAUCUCCUCUCUUUCAGACACAAUCAGAGCCAUAGAGGAGGAGAUGGGAGCUGAUGACAUCACAUUCCUGCGGGAGAGGGUUUCAGGAGCUCUGAUCAAUGUGGAAAAACACCUGGGCAACCUGAAGUUCAGAGUCUGGGAGAAGAUGAAGGAGAUUGUUCAAUACACUCCUGUGACUCUGGAUCCCAACACUGCAAACCCACAACUCAUCCUGUCUGAGGAUCUGACCAGUGUGAGAUACAGUGAUGUAACACAGCAGCUUCCUGAUAACCCAGAGAGAUUUGAUAUGGGUGCCUGUGUCCUGGGCUCUGAGGGCUUUAACUCAGGGACACACUGCUGGGAUGUGGAGGUUGGGGGCAGUGAUAUUUGGUCCCUGGGAGUGAAGACAGAGUCUGGUCAGAGGAAGGGAGUGGGUGCCCUCAGUGGAGCCUGGUUUGUGUAUCAUGUUAAUGGUGCAUAUAGAGCAGACUCUCCACCCCAGCCCACCACUCGCCUCACAGUGAAGCAGAAACCCCAGAGGAUCAGAGUGCAGCUGGACUGGGAAAGAGGAAAGCUGUCAUUCACUGACCCUGAUAAUAACACACACCUACACACUUUCACACACCCUUUCACUGAGAGAGUCUUUCCAUUCUUUAGGACUCUCUCAUCUCUGAGGAUCUUACCAGUGAAGGCUGCAGUAACAGUAGAGCAGCUCAGUUAGAGUUCAGACACCUGCUGCAGUUCAUCUCCUGCAGGAGGGAAACACUGAUGAUCAGGCAACAUUUUCAUUUUUUCAAUUUGAUCUGGCAGCACAACACAAUUUAUUCACAUAGAAAAAUGCAUUGGUGAUAUACAUGCCAAUGAUUCAUCUGAAGUUGUGGUGCUUAUUAUAUUUCAUAGUUAUUGUAUUUUCAUGGGGAAUGCAAGAAGUAAUCUGGUCAAUUCAGCACUUCAUUCUGAUAAUUGGUUAUGGAGGACAUGGGACAGGAAUUUCUCCUUAUUUUUUUGGCUUUUCAUGAAAUUACUAGUUUUCAGAAACUCUACCAUGAUGGGCACCUGUUGCCUAAUAACCUGAUUUCUUCAUGCCUGAACUGCUGUGGAGAUGAGUAUACCAAUGAUGAUUGGCUCAAAGAUUAUGUUUCAGAUCAAAAUAAAUGAUUAGAUUAUUACAUAUUAUAUCAUAAUCGGUGCCAUGUUAAUUAUAUCUGCAAUCUAGAAUAAAUAAUAUUCCAUAAUCUGUGUCAUGUCAUUAAUAUCUGUAAUCUAGAAUAUUCCAUUACUGUCUAAUGAAAGCUGGUGACAUAGGCAUCGCCCUCUACACACUCACCAUUCCACACCUCCCAGUUUCUGAUUACUGACUCCACCCACAUCAUCACACACCUGAAAGCCAUUAUGGACUCAGUAAGUCACUGAAUAAGUACCUGUGUCACCUGUUAUGAUACCACUAUUCAAGUCUACUUCCUGGCUGAGCAUCACUGGUAGUCUUGAUACUCACCUGUGUCUGCCUCUCCCUUAACUGAUUUGAACUGAGCCUUUUGAUGAACCUGUUUUCCUGUGUACUGGUCUCCUGCCUUAUUGCCUUUCAUGAGUGUGCACCAUUGUAAAGAAUAAACCUGGUUCCUUAUCAAAAACCA